UGCAGGAUGAAAAGAUUGUCUGACUCGCAUCUAGCUGAUCUUGAAACCAAGAUAGCCAUGAACAACAAAAUCAAAGGCUUCUUGAUCAAAAUGCCAGUAGGUGGAGGAAGGCUGGAUCCAUCGCUAAUUGGAAGAAGAAGACGCUCAGAUCCCUCAUCUCGACUGUUUAUGGACAAAUUAUUGGAGCAACAGUCGGACGAGGAGCACAUACCAUCUGAGGAUUACAGCGAUUUCCUUUACAAUUACAUUCACUAGACAAGGUGUCCAUAUGAAGUUCGAGCAACUAUACGAGAACAAGCAGAAGGGCUGGAGAUGCACGGGGUCAGAUCAUAUCUUCCAGCAAUAAUAAUAAUGUAAUACAGGGUCCGUCAGAAAAAUGUGUCCGUUACAUAUUCCUUUUGCCUCAGAACAGAUGGGUCAAUAAUCAAUCUUCUAUAAAUUGCGCUAUAAUCAGUUGCUAUUUAGCUAUGUUUAUGUUAAUAAGUUUUCGGGGCGUUGAGUCUUUCUAACAUACAUAUUGCACGCUGACAUUACGACGUCAGCCAAAUUUGUACGUCACCGUAUAGCGACCACCGGAACUAUACUUAUUUAUUCGUUGCUAGGCGACGGCUCAUCUACAAGUUAUACGAUUAUACGGCCAAUUUAUUUUUAAUUUCGCUUAAAUGUAACCUUUUUAUUUUCUAGCCGGUUGCAGAUAAAACGUUGUAAUUAUCUCGGGAGUAAUAAGCCUUCUAGAGCCCGCGACACUUCGCACCUGAGCUUGAAUUUCACGCCUUAGACCACAGACGACCUCUGUUUAUACAGUGACCAUGCAAAGAUAAAUUGAAUAUUCGGAAGACAUCCGUUUCUUCAGAUGGACCCUGUACAUUUAGCCCCCAACAGAAUAGUUGAAGGAUAGCUAUAUCAACUAAUUUUUAUGCAACAAGUCAUUACCCCUAGAACAGUACCCAUAAUAGAAUUAAGAAACAAGGUACAGCUAUACCCCAAUUUAAAAAAAAUCCUACUAAGGAAUCCGCACGUCUCUCCGGUACCCGUAAAUACACCGGCAAGCAAAAUAAAAUACCAAAAAAGUUAAGAACGAUUGUAAUUAUCUGUUUCCAUUUGUACCUCAUCGUACGGUUCUAGGGCUAAGGGCAAGACUAUUCCAAAGGAUAAUCUGACCCUGAAUGUUUACGCGCAAUUUUGCUUCUACUCGAAGUUAAAUAUCAGUAUUAAUCACAAAUUCUAGUCUCUGAUUGUACUUAAGUAGGAAGCUACAAAGGAUCUCUAACUUUCGUGUGGUUUUCUACGUCGUCGUAAUUUAAUUAUUUAUUUUUAGAUUUAAAGCAUAUAUUUCAAGUCAGAUCUAGUGUUUGGCCAUUAGUUUUAGUUUUAUAACAGAAACAUAAAUGUUUUGUAACUGAUGAAUUAGUAGGUAUUAGAUAUGUCAUAUUAGCCACUGUCAGUCUUAUUUCAUUAAUUCAUACAGCAACUGGGAAAAAAUAGAAUAAAAAAGUUUAAAGAAUUGAAUCCGGUCUAGCUUCAGCAAUUCUUUCGUAAAUAAGGACGAUAUUUAAGAACUGUGUGUCACUUAUUUUAUUUAGAUAUUUCCUGAUAAGACCGAAUUCAAUGAUGAAAGCUUAAAAAAAUUGCAAGGCAUGCUAACAUAAUCUAAGGGUAGUCAAAAUAUUGGAUACGAUCCUAUAAUGCAUUAUAUUCUAAACUUAUUUAAUGCCGAUGUUUUUAUUCGUAUUAUUAAAUCGUAUUAUAUAAUAAAUAUGUUCUCGAUAGCCUAGGUAUAGUAAAUAAAAUCCUGUAUUUUACUGCAUUAACCAGAUGUACUGGUUAACAAUCUCUCUAAAUAAUCUUCAUCUUACAACAUUCCUAAUUUCAUGUGAGGUAGUCUUAGAAUUAUUUCAGAAGCUUACCAAUAAUUCAACUAAUACAUAUUAUACAUUACUCAGUAUCGAAUAUUAGAUUUGCACUUUACUUAGAAUAUACGAUUCUCUCCAUUUUCUGAACAAAAUAGCAUAUACAGAGUGCCUGAAAAGCUCCGGAACUUCACGAUGAAUAAUUGGUGAAAUAAUAAUGGUGUGAAAAAACCAAGCCCAGCUAUCAAAUGGUGACCUUAGAUGUGACCUCAACAAUGAUGACCUUCAAGGUAAUGUGGAAGUGAAGUCGAUUUUUGUAGCCGAGGGACAAUCCUGAAAGAGCAGAGAAGUCAGUUUAUCUGGGGAUUACACGAUUUUCUGAAUCGUAAACUUGUGUAUGACCUCGAUGGUCAAGUUCAAGGUCAGGUUUCAAAAAUUCUCAAGGACAUAUUCGAACUUAGAUUUUCCCUUUUCUCCAUGUCCGCGAUCAAAAGUCCCGUUAAAAAAAGAGUUGAUCUUCAAAUGACGUUGUAUGUCAUGGUCAAGGUCGGAUCCAAGCUCACCAUUGGAUAUCGUAGAAAAAAUCAUGAAGAUAAUGUAAUUUCUCUAUACGACUACUAGCUUUCAGGUUAUAUCACCGUACAUGGGUUUGACCAUGACCAUGACCUCCGAAAGUCAAAAUUUAAGAAUGGUCAAGACCAUUUUCGAACGUAAACUUUUCCGAUUUUUCCAUUUACGAGGUAAAAAAUGGGGGCUCCACUUGAAAAAUUGGUCUAGACUAACAGGAAAUUGUUUCUUGUAUUAAUAUUGCACAACGUUCAUUGUAUGACUCAAGUAAACCCAAUAAUUCAACUAAUACAUAUUAUACAUUACUCAGUAUCGAAUAUUAGAUUUGCACUUUACUUAGAAUAUACGAUUCUCUCGCUGAAAAGCUCCGCAACUCCGCGAUAAAUAAUUGGUGAAAUAAUAAUGGAGUGAAAAAACCAAGCCCAGCUAUCAAAUAGUGACCUU